UUGAACAGGCAACAUUGUGGUUGCCUAAUGAGCCUGUCAGGACCCGCCCACUCCACAGCGGAUCAUGAAUUCAGGAAGCUACCGAGCCGGCUUCGGUGUAGGCUUGAGGAUGUGGCUUCUGUGGAUCGUGCUGCUCUCGCUGCUCUCUGUCGCAUCUGGGGGUGCGGACUCAAAGGCUGUCACAACCACUCUUACAACCAAAUGGGCUGAUACACCGCUGCUGCUGGAGGCCAGUGAGUUCAUGGCAGAGGAGAGCCAGGAGAAGUUCUGGGACUUUGUAGAGGCCAAUCAAAACAUAGAAGGAGAGCAUGACGACACAGAUCAGGCCUACUAUGAUCUGAUCAUGAAGAGAGCCAGUGCCUUGCUCAGCUCCGUCCAGUUAAACAUGCUGAAGUUCGCACUCUCACUGAGAGCUUACUCUGCAACAGUACACUCCUUCCAACAGAUAGCGUCCACUGAGCCUCCUCCUUCUGGCUGCUCAGCUUUUUUGAGCAUCCACGGAGAGAAGACCUGUGAUGCAGAGAAGUUAGAGGCACUCCUAAAAAGUGCACCUCAAAGGACAAAGCCAUAUCUUUUUAAAGGUGAUCAUAAAUACCCAGGUUCAAAUCCAGAUGCUCCUGUUGUGAUUCUUUACGCCCAGUUUGGGACGGCAGAUUUCCAGAAGCUUCACCAAGUCAUUCUGUCCAAAGUUAAUGAAGGCUCGGUGACCUACGUGCUUCGCCACUACCUGCCUAAGUCAAGAGGAAAGAAGGUGUAUCUGUCCGGGUAUGGAGUGGAGCUGGCCAUCAAAAGCCAGGAGUACAAAGCAAAGGAUGACACACAAGUCCAAGGGGCGGAGGUGAAUGCUACAAUGAUCGGAGAGAAUGAUCCAGUGGAUGAGGUUCAGGGAUUCCUUUUUGGCAAACUCAAGACCCUCUACCCGGAGCUCAAGGAACAGCUUAAAGAAUUGAGGAAGCAUUUAGUUGAAAGCACCAACGAGAUGGCACCUCUGAAAGUCUGGCAAAUGCAAGAUCUGAGUUUCCAGACAGCUGCUCGCAUUCUUGCUGCUCCUGCUGUUGAUGCCCUCAAUGUUAUGAAAGACCUCAGUCAGAAUUUUCCCACCAAGGCCAGGUCAAUCACUAAAACUGUGGUCAACUCGGAGAUCCGUAAAGAGAUUGGCGAGAAUCAAAAGUUUUUCAAAGGAACUCUGGGGUUGCAGCCCGGGGAUUCAGCGCUGUUCAUCAACGGGCUGCAUAUAGAUUUGGACGCACAGGACAUCUUCAGUGUGUUUGAAGUUCUGCGCAGCGAGGCCCGGGUGAUGGAGGGUCUGCGCUCCCUGCUAAUCGAGACACCUUUUAUUCACGACAUCCUGAAGCUCAACGUCCAGCCCUCCGACUCUGACUACGCCGUCGACAUCCGCAGCCCGGCCAUCAGUUGGAUUAACAACUUGGAGACCGACUACAGGUACAGCUCAUGGCCCUCCAACGUGCAGGAGCUGCUCAGACCAACUUUCCCUGGAGUCAUCAGGCAGAUCCGCAAGAACUUUCACAAUCUGGUGAUCAUUCUGGAUCCGACCCAGGAGAACACUGUAGAACUGCUGAGCGUCGCAGAGAUGUUUUAUGCUAAUAAUAUACCCCUCAGGAUCGGGCUGGUGUUUGUGGUGUCGGAUGAAGACGACAUAGAUGGUAUGCAAGAUGCCGGUGUGGCACUCGUCCGAGCCUACAACUACAUCACUGAAGAGGUGGACAGUCAGAAUGCAUUUGAAGCCGUCAUGUCGAUGUUUAACCGUGUGCCAGUUGGUGGUCGGCUGAGUGUCGGGGAUGUAGUUAAAGUGCUGGAGAAGAAGUUUCCCUACGUCGAAGUCAGCAGUGUCCUCGGAGCCGACUCCAGCUAUGACAGCAACAGGAAGGAAGGACGGGCAUACUAUGAGCAAACAGGAGUAGGCCCGCUGCCUGUGGUCAUGUACAACGGGAUACCUUACCAGCGUGAACAGCUGGACCCGGAUGAACUGGAAACUGUCACCAUGCAGAAAAUCCUGGAGACCACCUCAUUCUACCAAAGGGCCGUCUACCUGGGCGAGCUGGCUACAGACCACGAUGUCGUCGACUUCAUCAUGAACCAGCCCAGUGUUGUUCCUCGAAUCAACCCCAGAGUGUUGUCCACCAGCAGAACCUACCUGGAUCUGUCUGAUACCAAUAACUACUUCAUAGAUGACUACGCUCGCUUCUCAACGCUAGACACAGUAGAGAAGAACACAGCUGUGGCCAACAGCAUGAACUAUAUGACAAAGAAAGGGAUGACCACCACCAACAGGCAUGAUGAUGCCUACAUUCGUCCUGUGACUUUCUGGGUAGUGGGAGAUUUUGACAAACCCUCAGGACGCCAGCUCCUUUAUGACGCCAUCAAACACAUGAAAACCAGCAACAACGUCCGACUGGGGAUGAUCAACAACCCGUCAGCUGACGUGUCUGCUGAGACGACCCGCGUCACCAGAGCAAUCUGGUCCGCCAUGCAGACACAAACUGCCAAUAAUGCCAAGAACUUCAUCACAAAGAUGGCUAAAGAAGAGACCGCUGCGGCCCUGCAGAAGGGUGUCGACGUCGGCGAGUUCGCUGUCGGGGGUAUGGAUUUGUCACUGUUUAAAAGUGCGUAUGAGGCUCCCAAGUUCAACUUCCUGCUUUCCCACGCUGCUUACUGUCGAGAUGUGCUCAAACUGAAGAAAGGACAAAGAGCAGUUAUCAGCAACGGAAGAAUCAUAGGUCCGCUGGAGGAGGCGGAGGUGUUUAACCAGGACGACUUCCUGCUUUUGGAGAGCAUCAUCUUAAAGACUUCUGGAGAGCGCAUCAAAAGCAAAGUUCAGAAUUUUGGAAUCGAGGAGGACAGGGCCAGCGACCUUGUGAUGAAGGUGGACGCUUUGCUCUCGUCUCAGCCUAAAGGAGAAGCCCGUGUGGAGUAUGGCUUUGCAGAUGACCGCUACAGUGCUGUGAAGAUUCGUCCCAAAGAGGGAGAUGUAUAUUUUGAUGUUGUUGCCGUGGUAGAUCCAGUAACCAGAGAAGCUCAGAAACUUGCUCCUCUUCUUCUGGUUAUAAAGCAGCUGGUAAAUGUCAACCUGCGUGUCUUCAUGAACUGCCAGUCAAAGCUGUCAGAAAUGCCCCUGAAGAGUUUUUAUCGUUACGUCCUAGAGCCAGAGGUGGCGUUUCAGGCUGAUGGUAGUUUCUCUCCUGGGCCUAUAGCAAAGUUCCUGGACAUGCCCCAGUCUCCACUCUUCACUCUAAACCUCAACACUCCCGAGAGCUGGAUGGUUGAGUCUGUGCACACUCGAUAUGAUCUGGACAACAUUUACCUGCAGGAGGUGGAGAAUAUUGUAGCGGCAGAGUAUGAGCUGGAGCACCUUUUGUUGGAGGGCCAUUGUUUUGACGUCAGUUCGGGUCAGCCUCCACGUGGCCUUCAGUUCACCCUGGGAACCGAGUCUGAGCCCGUCAUCGUGGACACUAUCGUCAUGGCAAACCUGGGUUACUUUCAGCUCAAAGCCAACCCAGGCGCCUGGAUCCUGAAGCUAAGGAAAGGGCGCUCUGAUGAAAUCUACAAGAUUUACAGCCAUGACGGCACAGACUCUCCGGCGGACUCGGACGACAUUGUAGUCGUGCUGAACAAUUUCAAGAGCAGAAUCAUUAAAGUCAAGGUCCAAAAGAAGCCAGACAAGUUCAGCGAGGAGCUGCUGAGUGAUGGGACGGAGGAGAACGACACUGGUUUCUGGAAUUCUCUGACCAGAGGUUUCACGGGUGGAGGCAAGACUGAAGAGCCUAAGCAGGACAAGGAAGAUACGAUCAACAUCUUCUCUGUGGCCUCGGGGCAUCUGUACGAGAGGUUCCUCAGAAUCAUGAUGCUGUCAGUUCUAAAGCACACCAAAACUCCCGUCAAGUUCUGGUUCCUCAAGAACUACUUGUCUCCCACUUUUAAGGAGUUUAUCCCCCACAUGGCGAAGGAAUACGGCUUCCAGUAUGAGCUGGUCCAGUAUAAAUGGCCCCGCUGGUUACACCAGCAGACGGAGAAGCAGAGGAUCAUCUGGGGCUAUAAGAUCCUCUUCCUGGACGUGCUGUUCCCUCUGGCCGUCGACAAGAUCCUGUUCGUGGAUGCUGACCAGAUUGUGCGCACAGACCUGAAGGAGCUGCGUGACUUCGACCUGGAAGGAGCUCCGUACGGAUACACUCCAUUCUGCGAGAGCCGCAGGGAGAUGGACGGAUACCGCUUCUGGAAGUCCGGAUACUGGGCGAGCCACCUCGCUGGACGCAAAUACCACAUCAGCGCGCUGUACGUCGUCGAUCUGAAGAAGUUCAGGAAAAUAGCUGCAGGAGAUCGACUCAGAGGACAGUACCAGGGGCUCAGCCAAGACCCCAACAGCCUUUCCAACCUCGACCAGGAUCUUCCAAACAACAUGAUCCACCAGGUGCCCAUAAAGUCUCUACCUCAGGAGUGGCUGUGGUGUGAGACCUGGUGUGAUGACAGCUCCAAGAAGAGCGCCAAAACAAUAGAUCUGUGCAACAACCCGAUGACCAAAGAGCCCAAGCUGCAGGCUGCGGUGAGGAUCGUGGCAGAGUGGACCGACUACGACCAGGAGAUCAAACGCCUGCAGGCCAGAAUCCAAGACAGAGCGAACCACAUGGCGAAGCAGCAGGACACAGAUGCUCACACGGAGCUGUGAGGCGCUCGCUACGAUGAGGCGCUGAACUGGACUCUGUUUAAAGAGUCUGCUUCAGAACGACGCUCCUCUCCUGCCUCGGGGACUGCUGACAGACUGACCGACUGGUUGAAACAAUGUCCAGUUUUUUGUUCUUUUAUAGGUUUCGGUGACUGUGUGGGUGCAAACUGUGAGGAUGUGUUUUGUGAAGCGAAUCGUGCAUUUUUUUUUUUCUCCCUGUAGUUGAUGUCAGUCUGUUUGCACUGAUUGGGAUUCUGGUUCUGGCUUUUGUAGAAGCACAAAGGGAGGAGGACUUCAGAGAAUGGUAUUGCUGGUUCAUUUUGGUGUUUAUUUGCUGUAUGUCAAACAUCUGGUGCUGGGAACACUUUGCAUUCGCUCAUUUGAAGCUGUUUGGUUUUUCUCUGGAUUGCAUAAAGAUACAAGUUCACGUGAAGGCUGUGAUUUUAAAGAAAACAAGGAGAAGCACUGUAAACUCUCACCCACAGGUGUUUGACCUGAAAAUGAACAUCAAAAUCAGUAGGAUUGUUGUCACUGUGACUCUCAGGUACAGAUGUUGCAGCAUAAAGUCAGAAGCUGAUCAAAGUUAUACUCUAAAGGGAAGAGGAGCCUUAAAAAUUUGGCUUAAAGCAAAAGUGAUUUCUGUUCUUUGGUAACAUUGAUGGAUUUGUCAUCUUCAUCUUGUUUCGGCUGUCAGAUAUUUUUGUUAAAUAAACUCCGAUUAAUGGGUGGUCCAGUGUAUUUUUGUUUACAUGUGAACAAUAUUCUGCUUUAACUAUUUACGUCCUAGUGACGUAACCCUGGUGAGAAAGCUAGUUAGCAGCCAGAUAAGUACACUGCUGAAAAAGGAAACAUUGGGUCACAUGAUAACAGCAAGUUCGUUAAACUUCAGGGAUAUCAUUCUGUCCUGGUAGGAAGCAUGAACCACUGUGAGUCCAGAUCACCUGCUCUGGUGCAAAUCAAAGUGACAUCAGAGGCAACAACCAGACAGCCCUCGUGACUGCUUUUUCUCUAGUUUUGGUUUUUGCCUAGUGUCCUUGUCACAUCUGGCAGCAUGACGCAGUACCUGCAGCCCAUGCUUGCUGUCAAAAGAAGCUUUGCUGUGUCUCCCAGCACAGCCUCAAGAGUGUGGAAGAGCUACAAGGAGGAACAGGAGCACGGCCAGAGCCCUACAACAUGACCUCCAGCAAGGUAUUCAUGUGCAAGCUGUCUGAAUCAGAGUCCACGAGGGUGGUGUGAGGGCCUGACGUCCCUUUGUGGGACCUUUUCACCCCAGCACUGCGCAGCUUGACAGAACACCAGAACUGGCCGGUCUGACGCUGGGACUCCGUUCUCCCAUGUGGAGAGCAGAUUCACUCUGAGCCUGAAAGAGUGUGGAGAAGCUGGGCAAAUGUUUCACUGCUUCCAACAUCAUCCAGCAUGACAGGUUUGGCAGUGGGUCAGUGGUGAUCUGGGGGAUUCAUAUCCUUCAGUCACACAGCCCUCCAAAGGCUGUGCUGGCGUUACCAGGAUGGCAUCAUCAGACUGAUUAUGCAGGCCAAUGGCUAGACUGUGUAGGUAGUUCCUGGAUGACAAAGUAGUGAUGUCACGUCCUUGCACCAAUCUGAAUCCACAUGAGAAACCAGCCUUUCUGAAAAACACCUAGGAUUAUCAAAUUUAUCUCUUAGGUGCAUUUACUGUGAGACUAAAGUUUCCACUGUGAUUAUGUCACAGCUAGAAGUGUAAUGAAGACAGUAUGGAUAUUAACAGUGUACUUUUUUUGCAUAUAAGACUGGGAAAUGACCCCUCACACAUGUAGCAUGUCGUGAUGGUUCUUGUUCUCACAUUAUGCACAGCUGAGUUUCUUAAAAACAGAUCUGAUCCUGAUGGCAACAUCUGGAUCUGCCACAAUGCCUGUUUAAUAUUACAGAUCUACUUUUUCCAGAGCAGCGAUUCAUACUGUGAUCUCGUUGCACAUCACUGCUGGUCUCUUCCUUUCCCCCGUUGUUUACUGCUUCCAACAUCUUACCUCUACCAACCAUCAGCAUCUGCAUACUCUCUAAAGCGUAACUCUCUUGGUGCAGGGCGUCCCAUUUCUGCCCCCGACACACAAAACCUGUUACUGGAAGGUUUCAGACUUUUAUUGUGAUCCAUUUGAAAAAAGGUUUUACAAAAAGGUAACAUUCAAUUUUUACACCAAUUCUUUUUAAAAAAAAAAAAAAAAAUCACUUAAAAUAAGGUUUUGAUACAACAAAAUUCAGUUAACUAAUGGCUUCUAUGAACAAUGUGAAAAUAAGAUAAUAUACAUGUAAAUGAAUGCUACAAAGAUGAGGACAAACAAAGGGAUUACAUCAAUUAAAAUAAAAAAUAAAAACACACAAACAAUGGCAUUGAUUGUUUUGCUUUUUCACUUGAGUGACAUCUGACCAGAAUUACCAACAGAGCAGUUAUUGCAAAACGAAUCCCACAGCGUGUGGCGUGCAACUGGAAUGUGAUGACACAAAAAGAAGCAG